CUAGAACAAUUUGAAAAAUCAGGUAAGUCAUAUUUAGUAUUUUAGGGUUUCGGCAUCAUUAUUAAAUCCUUCAUCUAUGAUUUAGGGUUAGCACUUUACCCUGCAAUGAGCCGUAGGUCCAGAUCCAAGCGAAAGCCCGUCCCGGACGACGAGGACCAGCCGGCGCAGCCCAUCAUCCUCUUCAGCAGCGACGACGAGGCUAACGCAGAUCUAAGCAUUGCCAUCGUCGAGAAAGCGCGACAGCGGCAGGCGAAGCGGAACAAGGCCGUUGAUGCCCCCUUCCCUGCCCCAGUACCCGCCUCCCCGCCGGCAAUAGUUCUGGAUAUUUCUUCCGCGUCGCCAUCUUCCGGUGAGGCGGAAUUUAUGUCUGGUCGGGACACUGGAUCUUCUGUCGGAGGUCUUCUGUCGCCUGUGGAUGGAAAGAGCAUGACUAGGAAGAAGAAGUCGAAGAAGAAGCAACAACAGGUUGAAGAGGAUAAAGAACAGGAAUUGGUGGGUGUUAUAGUUUCUGAAGAGAAACCAUCAAUAAGGGACGAAGAAGUGAUCAAUGAGGCAAACAACACAUCUGACAAUUUAGUUUUUAGGAAGCUGCUACGUGGGCCAAGAUAUUUUGAUCCUGAGGAGAACAAAUGGGUGACUCCCACUUGCUUCAAUUGUGGCGAGGAGGGACAUGUAGCUGCAGAUUGCAUGUUGGAAAGGCGGAGGAAACCUUGCUUUUUUUGUGGUCUUUUUGAUCACAAUUCAAAGCAGUGUUCGCAGGGUCAAGAUUGUUAUAUUUGCAAAAGAAGAGGUCAUCUUGCUAAAGUCUGCCCAGACAAGAAUAAAAAGAUUGCUCAGGCAUCUGAAAUAUGUUUACGAUGUGGAGGGACCACACAUACUAUAUCAUCAUGUAGAAAUGAUUAUUCACCUGAUGAUCUGAAGGAGAUACAAUGUUAUGUUUGCAAAAAGUAUGGUCAUCUUUGCUGCGCUAACUUAAUGGAUACUAGUCCAAGAGAAGUCUUUUGUUACAACUGUGCCCAAACUGGUCACACUGGCUUGGGGUGUGCAAAAUCACGAGGAUAUGGAACGACGGAUGCAUCACCACCUACAUGCUAUAUUUGUAAUCAAGAAGGACAUUUCGCUCGGGGCUGUACGAAGAAGACUAAGCUGGGCGAGUUAUCAACCCCUCGGACAUCAGAUAAGGAUAAAAGGUGGUUCAGGGGCUCUAAAUCUGUACCACACGACUUUGGCAAAAGGCCUAAACGGGAUUGGGUGUAUGAAGAAAGAUGGAGGACGCCCACAAAGACUAAGAUAAAGGGCGGUUGGAUCGUCGAUGAUCCAGGCGAUCUUCCUAGAAGGAGAUUCGGAGCAACCAAAUAUGCAUCUCCCAGGACAACUGUGAAAAGGGUAAGGAAAAAUUAUUUAUCAGGCGUUGGUGGGCAUUCUUCGGGUUCCCAUGGUUGGAAGGAAUGGUUGUAAACUGGAACUCAAGGACAUAUGAUCGAGAGUUCGCAGCAUUAAAAGAUCGGCAAUUUUCAAUUUGACACCUGAGGGCGUUGUGGCCGUUGUUUACGUCACAUGUACGCCUUCAGUGCUGCACUGCGAUCAGUUGUAACAUGCUAUUCAAUGAUGUGCGCAUGCACCCAGAAGAUGUUCCUAAUUCCUUGUUUCCUCUAAUGUCACAAAGUUAAGACCAGUGAAUUAUCCAAAACUUACUUGAAGCUUGUUUGAAACUUCCUGAGUGAAGCUGUAGACCUCUCACAAAUCUGGUAUCUCUUUCAAAAUAUUUAUAGUUUGUAGAA